GGCUCAUUAGCUCCAAUCAGGUACGCGAAGUGCGGCUCACUAUCUGGCCGCCGGCCUCCGCUCGGUCUUUCCGUACAGCAUGGCAGCCCCCAGAGCGGCGGCCUCCGACAGGGCCUUCCGUACAACAGGGCCACCUCCGGAACGCGAGCCGCGCCCCUUCCCUCCCAGCUACCGGAAGUUGCCCUUUGAAACCGAGGCGGCGGGCUCAGCCGGCGGCGCGGCGGUUGCUGCUGAGCGUCUUUUGAACCAGAGCAACAAGGACUGCGGGCGGGAGCGGCGGGCGCCUGGGGCCCAGCCGUGCAGCCUGCUUACGAUGACCAGCGUGGUUAAGACGGUGUACAGCCUGCAGCCCCCCUUGCUGAGCGGCGGCUUGCCCGCAGACACACAAGCUCGAGCCACUUCUAAGAGUCUUUUACCUGUUAAGUCCAAAGACGUGGAUGUUUCCAGACACGUUCAUUCAGGAGGCUCAGAGAACGAAAUCACGAAAAUCACCAAACCGAGGCGAGAGAAUGGGCAGCUGAGAGCUGCGGACACUGCCAUCAGGAGGAAUGUCAAGAAGAGUUAUAAACCACUGGGUAAGCAGAAAUCAGAGGAAGAGCUCAAAGACAAGAACCAGCUCUUAGAGGCCGUCAACAAGCAGUUGCACCAGAAGUUGACAGAAACUCAGGGAGAGCUGAAGGACCUGACCCAGAAGGUAGAGCUUCUAGAGAAGUUUCAGGACAACUGUUUGGCAAUUUUGGAGAGCAAGGGCCUUAACCCAGGUUUAAAGUUGCAAACAGACCAGAAAUAUUUUGCUCCUUUCAUGGGAGAUAACAGCAUGCUGGUGACUCCUUGGUGGCAAGAGGUAAAGGAGAAUACUUUUGCAAGGGGUCCUGAACCUAGCUAGUCACAGAAUCCAGCAGAUUCUGUGGUUGACAUGGGACUCAAGUUCUGACCCUGUCCCUGGACAGCAGAGUUUAGCAAAGAAGAGACUGGAAAAAGGAGUUGCCCGAAGAGUGCAAGAGGAGCCACAGAAUGGCCAGAAAAGGGCUGAGGCCUCGUGGAAUUGAAGAAUGCCAAGUCUGGGGCGAAUGUUGAGCCCAACAGUUAAGAUGCCUGCUGUGGCCCAGGCUUUUGACUCCAGCUUCCUGCUAAUGCAGACCCUGGGAAACAACAGUGAUGGCUCACGUAGUUGGGUUCCUGUCGCCUCAUGGGAGACAUGGAAUGAUUAGACCAAUGAUGGGAGCUCUGUCUGUCUCACUCUCUCUGCUUCUCAAAUAAAUGUAUUUUUUUAAUUUAUAAUAAAAAAUGCUGACUGUGAUUAACCUGUGGGUUACAGGUUUAGGAUAUUCUUUGCAGUAACUGUAAACAUUUUGAUGAUUUAAGUUAACUGUGUGCACACACUGUUAACGAAAAACAACAAUUUUUUAAGGCUUGAAAGGCUUUUAAAAACAGUUUUGUAGGGUAAGGGUUUAGCCCAGCAGUUAAGACACCUGUAUCCCACAUCGGAAUGCCCAGGUUUGCUUAAGUAAUUGGGUUCUUGCCAGUCACAUGGGAGACCUGGAUUGCUCCGGCCCAGCCCAUCUCUAGCCAUCGCAGGCAUUUCUGGAGCUCUGUCUGUGUGUUUCUCUGUCUCAUUGCAAAUAAAUAGAUCAUAAUAUUUUUUAAAGGUAGUUUUUAUACUGUAAACAAAAAACUACAU